AUGGCGAAUCAAACUUCCAGUUCGCACGAGAUCUCAAUCAAAUCUUUGAAAGAUCCGACCAGCAAUGCACCACCUUUGCCAAUGCUCAAAGAGAGAAAACCCGAUUUGAAUGAUAAGCGCAAAGCAACCUUGGAAAGACUCGAUAAUGAAAAAUUUGGGUGGUUCCAUGUUCGUGUUUGUUUGAUCGCUGGUAUAGGAUUCUUCACGUGUGCCUAUGAUGUAUUUGCGAUUAACAUGGUUUCGGCGAUGUUGGGAUACGCUUACUUUUCCGAUAAUAAUAACUCGGUACCAAAUGACCUCGAUGUGGGUUUGAAGACCGCUGCAACGAUCGGUACUCUGGUUGGCCAAAUUGUGUUUGGAGUUUAUGCCGAUAAACUUGGUCGCAAAAGAUUGUAUGGAAUUGAACUUUUGAUUGUAAUUGUCUCGACUGCCGGUUCUACUCUUGUCGCUCAAUCUUUUGCCGUUUCGUUAUUCAAUUCGUUCAUCUUUUGGAGGGUCAUCUUAGGCAUUGGGAUUGGCGGAGACUAUCCCAUUUCCGCAGUCUUCACAAGUGAAUUUUCAAACAUAAGUACACGUGGGGCAAUGAUAGCAGCCGUUUUUGCGAUGCAAGGCUUCGGCAUCCUCUUUGCGGCCCUAGUCUCACUCUUGGCUCUUAUGGCAAUGAAACCUUCCAUAGAGAAAGAUAUUCUUUAUCUUGAUUAUGUCUGGCGUAUUGUACUCGGAAUUGGCAUAAUACCCGCGGUGAUGGGACUUUACUUCCGCAUCACCAUACCGGAAUCACCACGUUGGACGAUGGACGUUCAGGGUAAUGUUGAAAAAGGUGAUAGAGACGUCAGCAAUGCCUUUUAUUAUGGAUAUCAUGUUAAGGACAAAGAGGAAUCCAAGUAUAUCGCGUCGACACCAAAACCUACGUGGAAAAAUUUUUGCAAUUACUUUUCUAUAUCAGAAAAUUUCAAGGUUCUCGUUGCCACAUCUAUUACCUGGUUUGUUUUAGAUGUAGCGUUUUAUGGGAUUGGAUUGAAUCACUCAAUAAUAUACACCGCUGUUAAUGGUAACUCAGAUCAGAGUCCGUAUGAAGCAUUGCGUGGCAUAGCAAUAGGAAAUGCGUUUUCCACCCUUAUUGGUUCUGUGCCCGGGUACUGGUGUAGCGUUUUUCUGAUAGACAGAUUAGGUCGUAAAUUCAUUCAAUUGAUGGGAUUUGCUAUGCUCACCUUGUGCUAUAUCGUACUUGGAUUUGCCUACCAGGCAAUUAAUAAUACACUAUUUAGUAUAUUGUUUACAGCAUCCAUGUUCUUUCAAAAUUUUGGACCCAACACCACCACAUUCAUCUUCCCUGCUGAAUUAUUUCCUACCCGUUUUCGUGCCACCUGUCAUGGUAUAGCCGCUGCUAGUGGGAAGCUUGGUGCAAUAAUAGCCCAAAUUGGGUUUCUUCAGAUGAAAGAUAUUGGUGGUCCAAAUAAAUUCAUGGAUCAUUUGCUACAAAUAUGCGCGUUUUUCACAUUAACAGGGUUCUUCUUUACAUUUCUAAUCCCCGAGACAAAACGGAAAUCAUUAGAGGAGAAUUCAAAUGAAGAACAAUCAGGCUUCAUCAAAAGCAAAUACCUUUUCCAAUCCAUGGAUACCAAAAUAGUUAUAAAUACAUCUUUGAAAACAUAUUGCAGUUCUCCCAUAAGUUCUAGCAGCCACCCGCAUACCCCGCGCUCUCCUACAUCAGAUAUGCCUCUUCGCCCACCAACAUCUAAAGUAGGAAAUUAUUAUAAUAAUAACGGGGCAAUGUAUAACAAUUUUGGUAAUAGGUCAUCACCAGAAGUGAUACCGAAUGAUUUGCCCGCCGAUUAUCCCAACGCAUCAAGAAUACCUCCAUCAUAUCAUUCACCAGUAAAAGUCAAGUUUUCGGAGCAACCACAAUAA